AGAAGAUUCCAUUUCCUAGUGCUGGUGGUGGUGCUGGUGCUGGUGGAGGAGCUUUGAAUUGCUAAGCCAGAUUCAUGAGACACGCUGAAAUCCAUCUGUUUUUGAGAAACAAGCAGUAUGGCAAGUUUCAGCGUAAAUAGUAAUUAGAAUGCUGUUCACCAUGGCAGAGAAGAUGAAGAAAAUGGAUUCAAGGAGGAAACCUGUCAAGAACCUUGGUGAAACCCUUAAUUCUUUACUGGGAUUGAAGACACAUCUAACAUCUUCUUGGAUCAAAUCAGUUUUUGAUAUUGCUACAAAUCUGCCAUCGUCCUCUCACUCAACACCAACAAUCUUACACACAAAUCAUGAAUCUGGCAAUGAUAUUUCCAAAAUCAAAGAGGAACUCUCUGGUUUAACUGCAUACAUAAACCAAUUGAACAUACAGAGGAGGCAGGUCCUAAAUGAUUUCUUGGAUUUGAAAGGCAACAUUCGUGUAUUUUGCCGUAUAAGGCCCAUCAGAACAGGGGAGAAUUCUGGAAGCCUAAAACCUGUUGUAGCUUCGGAUUCAAGCAAUGUUCUACUGAAAAUAGCAAAUAAUAAGAGUAAAAGCUACAGAUUUGACAAGGUGUUCCAUCCAGAUUCAUCACAAGAUGAAGUAUUUUCGGAGGUUGAACCUGUAAUAAAAUCAGUCGUUGAUGGCUACAAUGCAUGCAUUUUGGCAUAUGGGCAGACAGGAACAGGGAAGACUCAUUCAAUGGAAGGUACUCCAGAUUCUCCUGGGAUAGUGCCCCGGGCAAUUGAGGCACUAAUUAAGCAAGCUACCGAUAGUAACCAUGCGUUCCUCAUCAACUUCAGUAUGCUUGAGAUUUACUUGGGAAAUCUCAGAGAUUUGCUCGUCACUCAACCAACUAAACCAACAGACCCUUUACCACCUUGGUGAGUAUGUAAUUUCAGUUUGCUGAAUGCAUCACAUACAUUGCACAUUAACUGGGAUUCUGAUGGUUGCAUGAUUCUAGUGCUCUAAUUGCACUCUUUAAGGGGUGAAAGAUCAGCAUUAAAAUAGCCACCACUCCUCACCUUUUGUGUUUAACUCUUUCUGU